AUGAUAACAUCUUUCCAUUGGAGCGAUUACUUCGUUUUUGCAUUCUGGCUUCUCAUAUAUACAUUUAUUGGAAUUUACCAUAGAUAUCACGGUCAGAUACGUGCCUUCUUUCGGAGGAUUAUAAGAUGUGAAAAGGAUCUAUUCCUCUCGAAUAGACAGUUAUCUUUGCUACCAAUUGUUUCAAGCCUGAUGGCGAGCUUUUUGUCCGCCGUUUCAUUAAUGGGUACGACCACCGAGGCUUAUCUUUCCGGGUUACAAUUCAUUUGUAUGAUUUUGGCAUACAUUAUCGCAUUUCCUUUAACUGCGGAGAUGUAUAUGCCUGUGUUUUAUAAGCUUCGGCUCUCGUGUGCUCAUGAGGUAAGUUUAAUCACAGGACUUGCGGCGGAGCCAGAAGUAGUCCAGUUCUUUGCACCAAUGAGCCUGGGAGCACUACGGCGCUGCGACAAUUGUGUUAUUUCUUUCACGUAG